UCGCUGCCCAAGUCCUCGCGUCCUGCCAGAGUUUCGUCUUUUCGACAGUCGACAUCCUCAGUCAUCCACUUCACAAAUUCCAGUCUCAUGGGAAGUACUGAACUUCGAGUCAAUUCUCAACAUGUCGAGCGCGCCAGUUCCGAAUCCAGAGGCCCAUGAGCCGAAUACGAAGAAGAAAUUGCAAUCCUCGAUUCAAUAUGCCACGGAUCAGAAGUCCGAAGGUCUUGCUGGACUUAUCAUGUGGCUACCAAGCAAUGUAAAAGGCCUUCCUCAAGGGUACGCGUCCUACGACCAUCCGGUUGUUAUAUUAUCACCGAGCAUCUCUAUGAGCAACAAAGUCGAGAUAGUAGGGAUGACGAGUUUCGGUGGUAGGGACAUUACACAAAGAUUCAAAACCUCCCGCAAAGGGAUGAAGAACAGGGCCAAAUAUCUUCCCAUCGAGCCUACACCCCCUCACCCGGACACGCCAGAGAAGAAUGUAAUGCUCAAGGUCUUGCCUUACAACCCAAAGACCUAUUCUUACGUGGACGGUUCGGUGGAAUCUAGAAGAUCCGUUCUCUUCUCGGUACUUGAGGAAUACCUCCCCAACGGCAGCGACUGCAUGUACGUCGUUCAAAGUCCAAGGUUCCACCUCGACAAAGACUCGUACCAAAAGCUGGCUGCGUUUGUCGGCUUCUCAACUGUUGCGCUUUGUCACGUUCCUGUAGACCCGGAGGUAGAGCGAGAGCAUCUUACGGAGCAACUCGCUGUCAAGAAUGAGCCUCAGAGUCCAUGCAUGCUCCUUCCAUUUCACAAUGGCAAUAUACCGCUGCCCGCUAAGAACCAGCAAGCGCAGUCGAGACAUGCAACAACACAAACAUCAGAAGCAACCGAGCCUCCAUUUCCCACGCACAGUCACAUGCAGCCCAUGUCUCCUACUCCUUCCGAUUUUCUGGAUGCGGAGCAAGCCUCUUUUCUCACGGAACACCUCAAGCGCAAAUGGGCAUGCGAUAACGGCGCCCGUCACGUCUACGGUCUUGGAGGUCCGCUCAACUUGCCUAAAUUUGGAAGGAAUAUCAUCAGGGUAGCCAUAGCCUGCGUUGCGAUGCUAACCGCUGGAGGAGCUUUCAGUAUGAGCACAGUUGGGAGGGAAGUGGUCGAGGAGCUUGAGGCGGGCGUCCAAGAAGUGAUGUUCGUGGCUGCCUGGAAGAACCUCCAGAUCGUGGUUGCGGCGAAGGACGCUCUUGCUAAAAUGGCAUGGGCGGUGGCCAGACACUUUAAAAGAAAGUGGGGGCAUUAUGCCAUAGCAAGCCUGAGUGCCUGUGUUCUUCACGCGUAUUAUGAGCGGUAUCCGGGAGGGAGGGGGUCCAAGUGGGAUCAGAUCUUGAUGCUGGCGUGGGAUGUAGCUUGUCUCCGGAUUAUAGAGUGAGAUUGGAACGCGUUGAGGCUCAUUCAAGGCGGACGACACGCCCCUGGGCAGGGAUUUUUUCUCGCUUGUGUAAAGCGUGCAGGCAAUGAUCGGAUUUGUGAGUCCAAACAUUGCAUGUACGUUCCACAAUGGCUCGGCUAUAACAGCUGUGCCAGUCACUGCACUUCGCAAAUAUAUACCUGGGGCAGUUAUAGCAUUCGUCAAUAGUUGCAGUGAAAUCCAACGUUCCCACUAGAUCUUGACGGACCGUCACAGUCCCAUCCUGUUUCACGACGC